ACACGGGGGCGCUGAUCUGCGGAAUCCACAGAGAGGCGAAAGUUUCUGCAGCGGGAAGGUUUUUACAGCUGAUGGAGGAUUUAAUGACGCGUUUCAGCCAUUUCCCUCCACUGUGACCCAGCUGCUGCUCCUCCAGAGGAACUGGUGUCAAACUGGUAUCAAACUGGUCUCCAGACUGGGAAAGCUGGACCCAGAACUGCCUGGAAAAGUUUUCCGAGCUCGCGCUGAUUGUACAUCCUGUGAGACACUUAUGAUGAUGUCACUGACACCCGUAUGACCAAAUAAGGGAAGGGACACAUGAAACUCGGCUUUGAUGCGGACCGUCUUCAGACCGGUGAGCAGCGUUUCAAAUUGGACCGACUGGUUCCGACCCACCGCCCGCCUCCAGCCCGCGGCUUCAGCUCCUUUCUGGGGCCACAGAGCGAACGGCUCCGCCCUGAGAAGCUGCUCCGGUUCUAACCGGAACCAGAACCCAGGCAGCCGGACCCCGGAGGACUGAGGGGCCCCGGAGGGACCCGGUUCCUGAAAGUUGGGCAGAAAAACAUGAGCUGCAAAACGGAGCGAUAAAAGCGGCGGUGUUCGUGUCUGUUCGGCUUCACUUCGGCUUUCUAGGUGGGACCCGGAGACCCGGACCCGGAACACUCCCCAGAACUCGGAACCAGGAUCCCAGCUGAGAAAUGAGCGGAGAAGAGGAGAGACUGAAGCUGGUGGUGGUGGGAGGAGGAGGGGUGGGGAAGAGCGCGCUGACCAUCCAGUUCAUCCAGUCCUACUUUGUGUCAGACUACGACCCCACCAUUGAAGACUCCUACACCAAGGUCUGCACCGUGGACGGGAAGGAGACCCGGCUGGACAUCCUGGAUACCGCCGGCCAGGAGGAGUUUGGAGCAAUGAGGGAGCAGUACAUGCGCUCUGGAGAAGGCUUCCUGCUGGUGUUUGCUCUCAACGACCGGGGCAGUUUUCAUGAGGUCCAGAAGUUCCACACCCAGAUCCUGAGAGUGAAGGACCGAGAUGACUUCCCCAUGGUGCUGGUUGGAAACAAAGCGGACUUGGAGCAGCAGAGAGUGAUCUCCAGGGAGGACGCUCAGGCGUUUGCCAGAGAGAACAGGAUCCACUACAUGGAGGCUUCUGCUAAGAAUCGCUACAACGUGGAUGAAGCUUUCAUGGAGCUGGUGCAGAUCAUCAGACGCUUCCACGAGAUGGAGAGUCCUCCUCCUCCAACCAACCAACAAGGGAAACCUGGCGGCCGUGGCUGUCCAUGUGUCAUCCUGUAGGCGCCGUUACCAUGGAAACCAAGCUCUCAUCCUGCUUGUGCAUUGAAGGGUGUGGGUGUUUGUGUCAGAAGGAGUGACAGCCAGGGGUACCAACAAGCCUUCCAGAACAUUUUCCGUAGCUUUUCUUCAUUUAGCCUCGCUGUUAUUCUGAGGGGAGACUGAUAGCAGCCUCCCUUCAUCAGAGCUCCACCAAUCUGACGGACCGCUAUGCUGAAGCUCAUGAAGAAUUCAUCCCCAGAUUCUGGAUGUGCAGACAUGAUGAAUGAGUCAGAGGAUUUAUCAGGCUGCUGUCAUGUGGCUGAUCUUUUUCUUCAAGAAGGGGGCAGCAGUGGGCAGCUCCAGUUUGUGCUUUCUUAUAGAUAGAUAGAUGUAUUUCAAUCAUCCCAAAGGGAAACUCUGCACUGAGCAACUGAAGGCAGCCUGUUCCUUCAGCCGCCAGCUUCCAUCUUAAGCUGUGCCUGGGGUCUGUGGGUUAUCUCAGCGGGGGCUUUGGUGAUGCACCUGCGUCUUGUUCGGUACAAUGCUUUGGUGAAAAAAGGUUAAACUUCAGCUGGAAGCAGCAGGAGUCUUUCUUUAAUUGUUCUUUUAAGGCACCUUUAAACUCUAGGAGCUUCCUCUAUUUCUGCAUCGUCUCUGCCAGAAAAAAGGCAGAGCAACAGGUAGUAGGCUACUAAUCCCAGAUGGGGAGUAUUUUAGAGUCUAGCCUGAACCUUUAGGCUGAAGUGGAAGGAAGGAUUCCUAGGACCUUGUGUUAAAAAAA